AUGGAAAAGAAAAGUAGUUAUAAAACAGUUUUAUUAGGAGAAUCAUCAGUAGGAAAAUCAAGUAUAGUUUUACGAUUAACAAAAGAUACUUUUCAUGAGAAUACUAACACAACAAUAGGUGCAUCUUUUUGUACAUAUGUAGUAAAUUUAAAUGAUAUAAAUAUAAAGAAUAAUAGUAAUAAUGAAAAAAAUAAUAAUAAUAAUAAUAUAAAUUCAAUAAAUUAUGAUAAUAAUGUUAUUAUAACAAAUCAACAUAAUAAUUAUAAUGAAAACUUAUGUAAUAUAAAAUUUGAUAUAUGGGAUACAGCUGGACAAGAAAGAUAUGCAAGUAUUGUCCCACUAUAUUAUAGAGGUGCUACUUGUGCUAUAGUAGUUUUUGAUAUUAGCAAUUCAAAUACUUUAGAUCGAGCUAAGACAUGGGUUAAUCAAUUAAAAAUUAGUAGCAACUAUAUUAUUAUUUUAGUUGCUAAUAAAAUAGAUAAAAACAAAUUCCAAGUUGAUAUAUUAGAAGUACAAAAAUAUGCUCAAGACAAUAAUUUACUUUUUAUUCAAACAAGUGCCAAAACUGGAACAAACAUAAAAAAUAUAUUCUAUAUGCUUGCUGAAGAAAUUUAUAAAAAUAUUAUAAAUAAUAAUAAUACCUCAAAAAAUAAAACAGUUAAUAAAAACUUAAUAAAUCUAGAUAAUCAAACACUUUCAAAAAAAGGAUGUUGUUAA